UUCUAUACGUAGCAGAAGUAUACGUAUAUUUUUCGGCGAGUCUGUCUCGUGCUUCAAUUGAUGGCAGAGGAUCAUUAAUAGGUUAAAUUUACAUCUCGCAGCUUCCACAGUAACUAAUGAAGCAUCAUGUGGUGUCGGAGUAUCCUCAGAACGCGUGCUAUCUUCAAAAAUUCUACUGUAUCCACCUGUUUGCGAUAUUUAGCGAGUAACAGUCUCAACAGUGUCUCGUUGAGACAUUCGUUGCCACGCUCGCUCGCUUCGGACGCACGUGAAUGCACGAUCGGCGACGUUAUUGAUCAAUGGAGUCGUCGAUUCGAGAACGAGGGCAUACCGGAGCCGGUAGAGUCGAUAGAGCACAUAGUGGCGCACGUUAUCGGCACCAAAAAGAUAAUAGAUAUCAUAAAUAUCAGAAGUGACCGACUCAAUGCGAGCCAGAUUGAGAAAUUAGAGUCUUUGUGCGAAUGUCGGUUAUCGAGAAUGCCAGUUCAAUAUAUUAUUGGUGAAUGGGAUUUCCGAGAUAUUACAUUGAAACUUGUACCACCGAUUUUUAUCCCUCGUCCGGAGACUGAAAUACUGGUUGACUUUGUGUUGAAAAGACUGAGCUCAUCGCAAGCCGAGACUUGCGAAAUUCUGGAAAUUGGCUGUGGUUCAGGCGCUAUAUCACUGGCCCUUGCUCAUGCUUGUAAAAAAAUAAAAUGCACAGCAAUCGAUGCGAGUCCGCAUGCUUGCGACUUGACGAUGAUGAAUCGGAGCGAAUUAAACUUGAUAGAUCAAAUCACAGUGAUGCACGCGACCUUAAACUCAGACGCAAGUAUUGAAGUUUUGAAUAGCUUCAAUAGUGCCAGUAAUGUUGAUUUAAAUUCAAGAUUGUUUGACUUUGUGGUCAGUAACCCGCCGUACGUUCCAACGAAGCAGAUACCGAAGCUGCAGCCUGAGAUAAAAAUUUACGAGGAUCUCAGGGCGUUGGACGGCGGCGACGAUGGACUGAAAGUGAUCAAGCCGCUCUUAAAAUACGCUGCCAAAGCAUUGAAACCUGGCGGACAUCUCUUCUUGGAAGUUGAUCCCACUCAUCCCGAAUACAUACAAUUUUUCACAAAAAAGUAUUCGGACUUGAAGCUCCAUCACGAGCACACGUACAAGGACUUUUGCAAUAACGAUCGUUUUGUAGAGGUGGUGAAAGUCGCCUGAAGAAGCGGCUCUUGUUCUUUUUUGUUGUCACAUUCUUGUUUUAUAAAAUAGGUUUAAUAAAUUUGUUACUUCAGGUUA